AUGGAAGUUCAGGAUGGCAUCACCGUCCGGCCCAUGAGGUUGAAAGUUUUAUACACAUUCGAUGAUCAAAAUAAAACGAACUGCUUGGCUCGAUGGCCUCACCUGCUCGAUAUUCAAACCGCAUACCUUGACGAAAAGACACAGAUAGGUGUCAUUGAACUUAAGACAUGUAUACAGGCUAUUGUGUCAGCGAGCCCGGAGUUGGUGGCGAAACUCGGCCAGGACUACACAGUUUACGCCUACGACUAUUCGGAAUAUGAGACGCCUCUGGUUGGCCAAGGCAUGCUAUCCUGGGUUCUCGCCUCAGCAUCACCAACGCCCAAUGCACCCGCACACCAGUCCAAAACUAUUGUCACGGGACGGGUGAGUAAGAACGUCCUUGGACUGUUCUCGAAGGGGGCGCAAGAGACUCUCGAAGUGAAACUACGCCUUGUACCGGUACCAACCUUGAUGCAGAGCGAAUACCUCGAAAGCAUGCAACGCUAUCGGGAAUUGAGCAAUAUAAUACCGCAAGACUUUGAUGCUCAAGCCUGGUCUUCUUUUGUGCAACAAAACCCUCACAUCUUUGCAACCAGUCAGCGCUCGCAGUCUAGCCCAGGUGUAAGCGGCCCAAUAGAUCACUCUGGCAUAGAGAAAUUUCAUCAACUUUUGAGUGAAGGCUCCACGCCCAGAGAGUUCCCUCACCCUCAUCCGGAUUCUACAGCUUCAUCUCCAGUGGAUCCUCCAAGCCGGAGCGAGACACCAGUUGGUAUGCAGAUGAUCACCCAAAUGUCUAGGCAGCCAUCUGCAACGGGUCACGGUCGAAGAGGGAGCGAAGUCUCUAUUCGUCCACUGUCCCGGGCAUCUGUGCGCGAGUCAGACUUUCAGCGCCCGGGCACAGUAACCCGCCGGGGAUCAGUGUAUUCAGGUUAUGGAAGUGGCGACGAAGCGAUGGAACACCCUCCAAGGAAGCGAGCUAAGCUUUUCAGAGCGGAUGUAACCGGCAAAGAUGACUUGAAUAUCGAGCGCCAACCUGGUUCACUUCGCGUCGCUGCAAGCACAGCUGCAUCUGUUCGGAUUCACCGUCCAACCCCAGUCAGUUCCACCCAACACCCGGCUGCAAGUUCUCUUGAAGAACCCGUUCGCCCCCCUACACCAAUUUCUCGCACCUCCAAUGAAGGACCACGACGAGGCCGCCCCGCUCCGAGCCUACUUCGUGAAUCGUCAAUCAAUAGCACAACGAGCUAUAGGUCACCCUAUCCUGCAUACGAUGAUGUGCCGUCAACUGAUUUGCCAGAUGCUUCUCCUGACGAUCACCGCUACCAAGGUAUUUUCGAAUCACAAUUCACUAUGCCUUCAUCUCCGCCUAUUAUGGAUGCAGGACUGCCUAGUCGCUCGAGCCCUGUCCUCCCCCCCUUGCGUAACCCACCUGACUCAGGCUUCAUGAGUGCUACACUCGAGGAUUUGAUGGACGAAGAUGGCUGUAUCCGCACGCAUAACUUAUAUGACCAUAAUGAUGCAACAGGAAUGACGAACUGCGAGCCUACCAAGCAGGCCCACCAAGAUCAGGUGACAGGCAAUCAAAAUUCACAGGCCAAUCAUGAAUCUGUCUCUAGGCAACAGAAAGACGACUAUCUUGCUAGUGACAGCCUGUAUGAGUCUUUGUCUUCUAAGGAAGCGCCAACGCUCCCGCCUCAACAUAGUUCCACGUCUUCGCGACCAUCGUCUCGAACAAGUAUAAGGCCCGCGCAAAAGCUAGCACCUGCCCCACUCUCUCAGAGUGAGAUUGAGCAAUUGAUGAGCUCAAUUCCUGCAAGCGAUCCCGUCUUACCACCCUCAAGCUACAUGCACCAUGCCAAUACAUGGUCUGGCCCGAUGAGUGACAUGCCAUCCGCUGAGACCCCGUUACCUCAACCGGUUGAAGAGAAGGGAAAAGGACGAAGUGGGGCAGGUGCUCGACGCUCACGUCAGGUUGCGGCUCGACUUGAAAACUGCGUUCGAGACGGCCAAGCUCCUCCGUUUUGCUAUAACUGUGGCGCUAUCGAGACCCCCACCUGGAGAAGGGCAUGGUCGAAACACUUUGAGGGUAGCGAACAGGAUGCAAAUGACUGCUUAAAGGACCCCAUGUGUCUUUUCUGGACUGCGACAGACCGAAUUGACGGCGAGAAGGUCACCAAGUUCCGCCUAUAUAAGAAGACCCUUGGGGAUGCGGAUAAAGACUUUGACCAGAUCCUUCUUUGCAAUCCUUGUGGUCUUUGGCUUCAGAAGUUCAGGUCCAUGCGUCCUCAAAAUAGGUGGACCAAACAACCAAUAAAAGACAAACGGAAACGAUCAUCUCGGCCACGAAAAGGUCCUUUGACGAAUGGUGCAGUUGCUUCCACAAGAAUCCGAAGCAAAUCCCAGGCGAAUUCCGUACCUGGCUCAUCUCCAGCCCACACAGAUACAUCCUCUCCAGCAGGUGACAAUGGCUCCCAAGCAGGAGACGACGGGGUCACUCCUGCAGUUGAAAACGAGAACGAAAACGAAGAUACCAAUGGCUAUGCUGAUGAGCAAUCUAACAAACGCGUUCGUGCCAAUAGCGCAGAACCGACAUCCAACACACUUCAGAGUCGAUGGGACGAGAAUGCCGCCAUGGAAGCGCUCAAGAGGGCCAUCCAAUCGAGUCCUGCACGCAACCUGGAUGUUCAUGUAUCGAAAUCACAUGAUGAAAACCUCACGCCAAAGCCUGUGAGGAGAGCUUUGUUCCCGCAAAGCAAUCAUGAUGGUCCCUUGAAGACUUUGGGUGAGUCCCUCUUGAAUAGUCCGCGUCGCAGUCCUCGCGUUGCAUCACGGGGUUCUGAGAAGACAGUAGCAGACAAAGAAAAUACUCCAUCUGCUACUAAUCGCAAUCUCGAUGGCCUCUUUGAGAGUCCGUCCUUCGACCUUGCUUUACGAAAUACCCCUACUCCUAAGCGACGGAUGCCUCGCUCCCACGAACGACGACUAUCACUUCCGUUCUGCUCACCUAGCGCCAAUAGAACAAAGCAGACUACAAGCGGCCAAUCACCAAGCACAUCCAGAUCAAGGCAGACACGCCCAAACUCUGAUAAAGGCGCUUCGACAGAUGACACUGUCGAAAACAGAAGUUCGUUUCCCAGUGUGGACGAUAUCGUUUUGGAUAGCUUACUCGACCCGUGGCAUUCACUUCCCCAAUCAGAUAUAUACGACCCGUUUUCUGAUUGGUCACCAACCGGCGAAAACGGAAACUCGAUUCUGCAAUUUCCAAGCAAUUUCGGUGAUGAUGAUGCUCUGAUCAAUGCUGUGCUCGCGGAGUCGGAACUUCAGAACACGACAGAUACGAGAGUCUCCUUUGCGGGAAAUACCACUCUCAAUGACACGGCUCUACCCCAGUCUAGAAAUAACGAACAAGGUCAGGCUGAAGCAGAGGUUACUGUUACAUCUAAUUGAAGAAACAUCGCUCUAUCCUCAAAAGCACAUGAAUUUUACGAUUGCAAUGUACUCUAUUUCUAUUUUACUUAAAAGCGACGGUGUAAUGGUCUGUUACGAUUCUGCAUUGUGUUUCAUUUACACCCGUUGUGUGUUUUUGCAUAUUCCUCAUUCAGCGUCAAAAGGUCAUAUGGAGGCUUGAUUUUGUUUUAUCGUUUUGUGCAUGUGUCUCAUCCAGUCCUAUGAUUAUAGAUGUACUGGUUAGCAUGUUGGCUGAUUACCUAGUUAAGCUGAAUGUCCGAGUUUCAAUCAAAGGACAAUACGUUCAAUUAAUGUCUUUAUG